AACUGGCUCCUCUAACUGAGCAGGAACGCUCUGACUCUACAGCUAUGGCACCCACUGUUUUUGGACAAGCAAGCUUUUCUAAGGAACACCUGACUCCUGCUCAUAAGCUGAGAAAGCCAAUGGUGGAGAAACUGCGCAGAGACCGCAUCAACACCAGCAUCGAGCAGCUGAAAUCCCUGUUGGGUCCUGAGUUCCUCAGGCAGCAGCCCGACUCCAAGCAAGAGAAGGCGGACAUCUUGGAGAUGGCCGUGUCCUAUCUGAGAGUCUGGCAGCAGCAGAAACAGCAGCAGCAGCAGCAGCAGGCCAGCGGGACCUCUGGCCUGAUGACAGCCAGUGAUGGCUACUCCCACUGCGUGCAGGAGGCUGUCAGCUUCCUGUCCCACUGCGAGCUCCAGACUCAGGCCCACAGACGGCUGCUCAGCCACUUCCAGGGCCUGCAGCCAUCCAGCAGGACCAGCCAGAGUCCCUGCACCCUCUCCCCGCCUGGCUCUCCGCUCCACCAAGUCAGCUCCAGCAAGGGUGUGAGCCAGGUCAGCUGUGCUCUGUGGAGGCCCUGGUAGGAUGGAGGCAGCCUCGCCUCCACACACAGGGAAAGAUAACUACGUCUGUGAACGUCAUGGACAGAAAGUUGAAUACUCACUGAGUCUGUUUCCUUUUGCUUUGGCAGGAGAUUCAAUGUUGUUGACUGUUUUACUAGUGUGUGUUUACUAGUAUUCCUUUGGAAGGAAUGAAAUGACUCAGGUUUUACUGAAUAUGUUCAGCACGUGUAUACACGUUAUACACUUUAUAAUUCAAAGUGUUUACACUGUGUUAAUUUUUCCUGAGGGGAAAACAACUCCUGACUUUUUGUUUCUUUUGCAAACGUGACUGAAUUAUCUUGUUGUAACACCCACAUUGGGUUGAAGCUAUUGUGUCUGAGACACUGUUUGAUUCACGUGUUUAAACUACUGUCUUUCGUUGAUACUGAGUAUCACUGACUGAUAUGUUUCAUCAGCUUGGUGUUGAUGAAUCAGCAACAUCCCAUAAAUGGAUCCCAUGGAUCCACUUUUACUGUAAAUCAUAUUAUGAUUAUACUUAAUUAUGACUAUAUGUAACCAUUAUUUGGUCUACGUGUGAAGGAGUGUUACUGUUGGUCUUGUACCUGUUAACUGUUCAGUUGUGAUGUUCAAAAUAGAUGUUUUUUCGUCUUCAAAUGAUUACCUUUUAUAAAGGCAUUUUAUGUUCCAUCAUCUUUACUGAAAAGAAUCUGUUGAAUUACUUCCUUGAGAAGUUUUUUGCUUUGAACUUUGAAAAAAUAAAUGGAAAACUUCAA